AUGUGUGGCUGCGACGUCAGAGCGUCCGUACUCCACGGAGCCAAGGACCUCAGGGUUCAAAACCGCGAUCUCCCAGCCCCAGAACCGGCCGAGGUCCAAGUCGCCGUCAAGGCCACUGGGCUCUGCGGCUCCGACCUCCACUACUUCAGCCAUUACCGCAACGGCGACAUCCUGGUGCGGGAACCCAUGACCCUCGGGCACGAGUCCGCGGGUGUCGUGACGGCCGUCGGCGCCGAGGUGAGCACGCUCAGGGUCGGCGACCGCGUGGCCCUCGAGGUCGGCCUGCCCUGUGAGCAGUGCGGGCUCUGCAAGGAGGGCAGGUACAACAUCUGCAAGGGCAUGAAGUUCCGCAGCUCGGCCAAGGCCUUCCCGCACUUCCAGGGCACGCUGCAGGAUCGCAUCAAUCACCCGGCCAAGUGGGUGCACAAGCUACCCGAAAACGUCUCCUUAGAGUAUGGCGCCCUCGUCGAGCCGCUUUCCGUCGCGAUGCACGCGCGAGACCGGGCGAACCUGAAGCCCGGUGCCACAGUGCUCAUCCUGGGCGCCGGCGCAGUGGGCCUGCUGUGCGCGGCGGCCGCCAAGGUCUCGGGAGCCAAGUCGGUGGUGAUCGCAGAUAUCCAGGAGGACCGCGUAAACUUUGCGGUACAGAACGGAUUCGCAGAUGCCGCCGUCGUAGUACCCAUGGCAAGGCCGGAAACGAUCGAGGAUAAGCUGGCGUAUGCGAAGGACUUGGCAGCCAAGAUUGGGGCCACAGAAGUCAAGGGAGAGGCGAUAGGGGAGGUGUCUGUCACGUUCGAGUGUACUGGUGUGGAGUCGUGUAUGCAGACCGCCAUCUACUCGACACAAGCAGGCGGCAAAGUCAUGAUCAUCGGCAUGGGUAACCCCAUCCAGACCCUUCCCCUCUCGGCCGCGGCGCUCCGUGAAGUCGAUCUCGUCGGUGUCUUCAGAUAUGCGAACACGUACCCAGAAGUUAUCAACAUGCUAGCAAGCAAGAACGCAGCGCUACCAGAUGUCGGCAAGUUGAUAACGCAAAGAUAUAAUGGAUUUGAUGAGAUUCCAGAAGCAUUCAAGAUGGCCGGCCAGGUCAAGGAUGACAAGGGUAACUUAGUGUUGAAGGUCAUGGUUGCACGCCACGAUAACAGAACCAGCAAUGUCUUCCACACCAGCAUCCAGUAUCUUCACGCUGCCCAGGGAGAGUACGCUACCCAUGUGAUCAAAGUUGGUGGCGAGCUGUGGGUGAAUGGAUCACGGACAACAAAUCCCACUGGCAACGGGCUUGGUAGAGACCUGAGUAAGGGCAGUUACUCGGCCUUGUCGGAGACGGUGGAAUGGUACGGAUCGGAGUACGAUGAAAUCGUGAUGCGUUGGGCGAAGAACACGACCGAUGCGUCCCCAGACUAUGGUGCCGAAAACCAAGCCCGGCUUCUGAACAUCUCGAGGAAUUACGACCCUGGGCGAGUCUUCCAGAUGUUACUUCCUGGCGGCUUCAAGAAUGGGCUACGAACAUGA